CCUUUUUACUCCAAAUUGUAAAGUACUGUAAUGGUGGGGUGUGAGGGGGUGGGAUGGAUUAUCCAUUUUUAUUGCAUCACCUGUCAGCGGCGUCCAAUGGGCGUCGACUCCGCCAGCAUUAAUUGAUGAAGGUGUCUCCUCACUGGCCCACCUCCCCUCCCUGGUCAUUUCAUUUGCAGCUCCGCCAGCAGCCAGGAAAGAAAGCAGCUGCAUUUUAGCUUUCAUUCUGCCUCUGAUUCUGUAUCUCUCCCAGUCUUUCUCCCUCCUCCUCCCCACCCUCUCCCUCCCUCUCUCCCUCCCUCUUCUUUGCUAUUUUACCCCUUUGGCUGAAGCAGUGGUGUACACUUACCCCCUCGUCCUGCUGCCGAACAGAGAGAGGGGAGUGGAGCCGGUGGAGGCAGGUAUAACGGCAGUCCCGUCGCAUUCCUCCACCAUGCAGGAUCGGGGUGAGAGGCGAGGAGAGGAUGCUGCCGGCUCAUUAUCAGACGGCUCCGUUUAGAUUUGCAUGCCAAAGUUUUUCAUGACGCAGCAGCAGAGGGGUGGAUGGAUUAAAGGUAUGAGCAGGAUGCCUUGAGCUCAAGAGCCCCUGCCAUUCACCGUUGCAUCCUGAUCUGAGAGGACAUGGCUUCAUAGAUGCAUACAACAUGGGAGACUUGGAGUGUGGCUUUGAGGAAAUGCAGGGAGUGAGAUUGGGAUACCUGCUCAUCCAAGGGAAACAGAUGUUUGCUUUGUCUCAGGUCUUCACCGACCUCCUGAAGAACAUCCCUCGGACCACGGUGCACAAGCGCAUGGACCACCUGAAGGUGAAAAAGCACCACUGCGACCUGGAGGAGCUGCGGAAGCUCAAAGCAAUAAACUCCAUUGCCUUCCAUGCUGCCAAAUGCACCCUCAUAUCGCGGGAGGAUGUGGAGGCUCUGUAUUUCUCCUGCAAGACGGAGCGGGUUCUGAAGUCUACCAAAAGAAAAGCUGCAUGCCCCCCCGGGACCGAGGAUGCGUCCACGGGGCUCAUCCGUGCGGAUACCGAACUGUGGAAGGAAAAAGUUUGGUUCAGUUUGCACGGAGUCCCGGAGACGAUCACGCGUCACGGCAAACCCGGCCAGAGGAGAGAGCUGACUCCUUGCCUUAGCGACUCCAAACUACCUCAAUUUUACCACAAAGCCCACGAGAAGGAUUACCGUUCUGGACUGAAGUCAAAUCACAAACACUUUAAAAACUACGAAACUGAGAAAUUGACUGGAAGCCGCGUAAAUCUGAGCCAAAAGCAUGCGUUUUUCCGGAGCGCAGUGAGCCGGCAGCCGGUGGUGUUUCAGUCCGCCAUGGCGCACUCCAGGCUCUACCGCUCUGCCGGCGACCUGCUCCACAAAAGGAGGAGGAGGCGUGAGGGGGGCGGCGGCAGGGACGGCGCAAGACACUCGUGGGGCAGGAGCAGACACUCGCAAGUUCCCUCCGUGCUGCUUUUCCAACCCAAAUCCUCCGCAGCGUCCUUCAGCGCGUUUCACCUCAGCCCGGAUUUCUACGUCGGCUCGCGGCCUCACCAUCACCACCACCACCAUCAUCAUCACCACCACCACCAUCUCCAGUCGAGCUUUCCGGAGAGUUACAGCAGCGACUCCGAAUCCAGCACCUACUCUGACCGGGUCUGCCCGGACUCGGAUUUUGGCUCCGGUUUCUCCACAAGCAGCAACUCAGGGAGCUCAGAGGAAGAGGAGGAGGAAGAUGACACGCCGUCGGAAAGUUCAGAGGUCAGCUCGGAGGACGACAGCUCCUCUCAGUCCGACUCCAGCUCGGUUUCGAGCCGCGUUUCCGUGCAGAGCAUCCGCUUCAGGCGCGCUCGGGUGGGUUCUCUCGCCAAAAGUCAGAGUUCUGUCAAAGCACCUUUGGUCCUGCAGCCCACCUUUCACUACAACCAGCAGCAGCUGCUGCAGGAGGAGCAACAGUGCAAGACUCAUGCUGAUUCACAAACAAAUACCCUAAAAAGCAGUGAAACCAGACCGGAAACGACACCCCUGCAGACCUGCACUGUUUUGGAGAGCUUUACCGAACCCACAAAGGAAAACCCAAGCGAUCCUGCGGAUGACCUGCUCCUGUUUUCAGCAGAACAGGAGCGGCGUAAGGCCUCCCACCCCUCCCGCAAAGCACCAUGGUGCCUCUCGGGACUGAGCACCCAGUGCGACUCUAAUAAACCCCAGAAAUGUGUCGACAAAAAAGAGGUCAAAUCCAGCUACCUGAAAGCACCAUCUCCCAAUAAAAAAAUUAAGGUCGAGUCGGAUGAAGCCCCCCACUUGGACAGUGGCAGGACAGCUGGGACACCCCCCUUCAACCUCUGCAAUGUGAAAGUUAAAGUGGAGGAAAACUGUGACGAAUAUGAAUACCAGAGCCAGAGCAAAUGUAAAAGAGAUAAGACAGAGGGGGGGACUGGUCAGAGUCCCGCCAUCAAACAAGGGGACUUCUUCAAAAGCGGGAUUAAAGUCACAGAGAAAAGCCCCGAUGUGGCCCCCAGGUCCCCCUGCGGUCCUCAGGAAUGCAGGAGUAAGCAGGAUUCCCCGUGUCUCGAGGAGGGGGAGCCCAAGAACAAAAGCUGCCGGGCUCCGGUGCAGGGGAGCAAGAAGCUCAGGGGUUCAAGGACGCAUUCAAAGCAGAACCCUCUUGGAGCCAGCAGGUCAUCCUCCUCUUCCUCUUCUUCACCUCGUCCCGCGGGCUGUGACGAGGCGUCUGCGGAGGAUUUACCGAGCAGACGCAAACGCAGCACUGUUGCGUCGCCCGCAAAAACCGCUUUCAGCCUGAUGGCAAAUUUCCCAACGCCUCCGUCGCUGGUUGUUGGCAGCGACGGGGAUUUGUGUCCCGCUUACUCCCUGAACUCGCUGAGGGGCCCCGGGCCUCCCCCUCCGUCCCACCCCGUGUGGAGGUGGCGGCCAGGCGGCCAGGUUCUCCCUCCCCCACCGCACGCUCAGAGAACGAGGAAAUACUGAAAGAAAAAGAAAGAAAGAAAGAAAGCCACCCGCGCGUUGCCUUUACACGGAAGUGAGCGCACAGUGCGCGCAAAAAAUGCUGAUUUUCCCAUUUUCUCUACAAAUGAUUGAAUGGAUAUACCCUCUGCUUUGUUUUUGGUGAGGAAAAGCCUCACAACCCUGCUUCUCAACGCCCAAGAAACUGCGAGGAUUCAAAAAUGUUAUUUAAAAAGCAACCUCUCAAUCUUUCAAGCAAUAUUUUUUAUUUGAAGUUGUUUUUUUCUCAAUUGAUUUGUAAUUUUUAAAAAAGCAUUUUUUAAAUCUACAUUUUAAUAGGCUGUUUGACUUAGAAAAACACAAAUAAGCAAAAAAAAAAGUGGGAGAAUCAGGGUUCCCAAUUUGUGCCACGUGAUAGCCUAUAUUUCUAAUUGAUUUUUUUCCUGUGAUUAUUUAUAUAGAAUAUUUUCAUCAAUUAUUAUUGUUUUUGUUGUUCUCUAUGGUGCUCUGAUUUUUCGUCUUUCAGCAAACAUGUUUGGGCAUAAAGACGCUGCUCCAGACGCAACAAAGGCCUUAUGUAUACAGACAAUCAAAACGCAGGAACCCGCGCGCCCCUUCUGGAUCCUCUAACCAUGUUUUGUGCCAUGGAUGCGUUUGGAGCGCGUAAAUGUUCGAUUUCAUUGCAGUAUCUGACAGAACGACUAUAUGGCUCGAGGUGGGAUGUGAUUUGCUGCGAGUGAGGGGAGGGUGAGGGAGGGGGACCAAAACAGCACGCAAAAAAGAAAGUGCGUAAAGAAACACCUCGUAUAACCACUUUGGGUUUUUACAAAAACAAAACCACAAAGCACAGGAGAAAAGCUCGCAUGCAUUGCACUUUGAUACGGUUUUUGUUUCAGCUUUGAUGGGCUUUUAAUGUGAAAUGUAUUUCUGAGAAGAAGUGGAAGCUGUUAAAUGUAGAAGCCAAACAGAUGUCUUUGGAUUGUUGUGUUACUUUUAUUUUGAAAUUCACCCAUUUUUGAGCUGCUGACGCGUCUGUCUCUGCAGCAUCCCACCACACAGUCAGGUUUUCCUGGAAUGUUGCUAUUUGUCCAACGCAUCCUGAAUGUAAAGCGGCCCCUGACCUGCUCCGUGUUGUCUUUAUGUGCAGCUCCAGUGUACAUACCUUUAAAUGAAGGGGUCGGAGCUGCAACAACAUGCAGGCAUUUUCGGCGCCGACGUCAUUGGCAGUGCAGGAGGCGCUCUGCUAAUUGGCAUGCUUUUCUGUCUGCCACAAAGAGAGGCCCCCAGCUUAUGGUGAGCCAGAUCACAACAAACUCAAAGCCCCUGAAUGAUGUCAGCCUCCUCACAAGCACAGAGAAUUGUGGGAUAGAAACAACAACAACAAAAAAAGAAAGAAUUAAAUGUUAAAAAAGUGCAUUUUACUCUCUAUUGUUCAUGUGGUUGCAGCCCUAAAUCACCGUGAGCCUUAUUUUUGAGGCUGGAACUCAAACUUGAACUUUUCUCAGCCUCUUGUGGCACAAGCUCCUAUACAAGCAGGGUAGCAGUAAAACGGAGGGGGUUGCACAGGGUGGAGACAUGGGGGGGAGUUGCUGUGUUGCCAGAGCGAAGCUUUCAACCUUUAAUCCGCAUGUCAAAAGCAAAGGCAGCACUGCAUAUAGGGAAGAAGGGGGGGAACCCAGAGGCGGACGGGCUCCCUGAUGCAGCAGCAGCCCCGUUCUCACCCCACAAAGCCCGGCCCAGGGGCAGAGAGGGCGGCACUGGUCUGCUGGGGAGGCCGUUCCAUCCUUAAGACAAAUAGUUCUCCGACAGCGACACUAUCAAUGCAAACAAUCGCAUGGUGCAGCAGCUAUAAGAGGCUGCAUGCUCCCCUCCACUCCCUCCUCAUUAAUUCCCCUUUUUAAUUCUAUAAAUAAUACUUGAGGUCAGGUUUUUGACAUGAAGUCACUGGUUGUUUAUAUGAAUAUUUAUUUUUGUGAAUUUUACGGCGGUUUCUUUCUUGUAUAUUGAUGUGUGUGGUGGACAUUGGAGAACUGCACUCAAAAAAGGUGAAACUUGAAGGGUGGAUUUUUGUUUUGAAGCACUUUCCCUCUCUUUUCUAAUAAUGGAACACUCAUUAAACGGGACUAAGUGUAAUCAUCUUG